AUGGGAUCAAAUGAAAAUCUUGCACCGCGUGAUGCAAAAGUAAUUUCUAUAAUUCUCAGAUCUCUUGGCAUUGAAGAAUGUGAACCGAAAGUCAUAGUUCAAUUAUUAGAAUUUGCUUAUAAAUAUGCCACAGAUGUAGUAAAAGAUGCUCGUCUUUAUUCUGAACACUGUGGUAGAUCAUCUAUAUCAGUAAGUGAUGUUAAACUGGCUUUACAAACAAAAGUGGGUAAGCAUUUUGUUCCACCACCACCUAGGCACUAUUUGAUGGAGAUUGCUAAUACUGUUAACUCCAAACCAUUGAGUACAUCUGAUUCUUCUGAAAAUUUGAUUAAAGUGCCUAAUAAAGAUUAUUUUCUUAGUGGGUACGAUUACAAAGAAUAA